AUGGAAACAGUCCAGUUUUCACAUUCAACAAGUCCUCCUUUCAGAGAGGAUGCCCGUCCACCAGAUCAGCACAGGUUCUAUUUGACCUCACGUCCCAUCAAUUUUAAACACUCCACUGGGGACAGUGAUACCUCACAACAGGUUGCACCUAAUUUCUUCCCCAUGCUGAGCUCCACUCAGACUAACAGAGAAGGGUCCCAAAAGCGCAAAAAGACUCCUUAUAAAAUGGGUGACCAUGAGUUUGAGAGUAUUGAGGAAAGCUGGACGCCCAAAGCGAUCAAUCGCUCCCACUUGCCCUUUCCGUCUGAGCCCAGCGCUCCCUUGCCUGCUCACCCCGGAAUGAUCGAGUUGAGUAGACUGCAGUAUCAUCACAGGACCGCCGACAUUGACCUUUCUGUCCAGGUGAAGCGGGAACAUCUAAGUCCCCCUCCGAUGUGGCCCCCGCCUCCUUUCCUCAUCCAUCCGUCAUACUUCCCACCUCUCCACCACAGCCUCAUCCCAUAUCCCUUCUUCAUGCCUAGCACUGUCGUGCCCUUUCCGCCCAGGGAAGACGUCAGGCCGGCGAAGCACAUUCGCAUUGCCCCCACGAGAGGCGCACCAAGCGGCGGUGAGAAGCCCGGAUUUGACGUUCACGUGGACGACAGCUACUAUGUGGAUGUGGGUGGUGAUCAGAAGAGGUGGAAGUGCCGCAUGUGCGACAAGUCCUACACAUCCAAAUACAACCUGGUCACGCAUAUUCUGGGCCACAAGGGCAUCAAGCCCCACGGGUGUCACCUGUGUGGGAAGUUAUUCAAGCAGCUGAGCCAUCUGCAUACGCACCUGCUCACCCAUCGAGGCAUGAGGCCUCAUAAGUGCCAGGUGUGCCACAAGGCCUUCACCCAGACCAGCCAUCUAAAGAGGCAUAUGAUGCAACACAGUGACGUCAAGCCUUACAGCUGCAGCGUAUGUGGCCGAGGCUUUGCUUAUCCCAGUGAGCUUCGUGCCCACGAGUUGAAGCAUGAAAAAGGCCAGGACAAUGUGUGCGUCGAGUGUGGUUUGGACUUCCCCACUCUGGCCCAGCUUAAGAGACACCUGACCGCCCACCGAGGCCCCACCUUGUACAGGUGCUCAGAGUGCCAGAAGACGUUCCAAUACCCAAGUCAGCUCCAGAACCACAUGAUGAAGCACAAAGACAUCCGACCGUACAUCUGCAGCGAGUGUGGGAUGGAGUUCAUCCAAUCUCACCACCUCAAGCAACACACACUCACUCACAAAGGCGUGAAGGAGCACAAGUGUCGCAUCUGCGGCCGAGAGUUCACGCUGCUGGCAAACAUGAAGCGCCACGUGCUCAUCCACACCAACGUGAGGGCCUACCAGUGCCACAAGUGCUUCAAAAGCUUUGUACAGAAGCAGACACUCAAGGCCCACAUGAUCGUCCACUCUGACAUCAAGCCUUACAAGUGCAAGCUCUGUGGCAAAGAGUUCAACAGGAUGCACAACCUCAUGGGCCACAUGCACCUCCACUCAGACAGUAAACCCUUCAAGUGCCUCUACUGUUCCAGCAAGUUCACACUGAAGGGAAACCUCACCAGACACAUGAAGGUGAAGCACGGCAUCUUGGACAGAGGACUGGAUGAAAGAUUAUUUCAUCAGCGGGGACGCUUCUGCCUCUCCUCUCCGAUGAGCAUUCUGGGGCGUUUCAACCAAAAAGAGCCGUUUGAUCUUUCUCAGAAGCCCUCGGGCCCGUCGGGUCUUCAUCUCCCCCAGUCUGACGGCGAAAGUGUUCCCGGUAGUUCUUGCCAGGAGGAGGAUGAGGACAGUUUGUACAGACAAAGUCAGUACAGCCCUGACGAAUAUCAACAGGAGUCAAGAGGGCGAAUGACUCCGGCUACAGACGGACACUUGAAUGCAUCAUGGGGACGGCUUGAGUCACGCGCUUGUUAUGAGGAGGCUGAGAGAAGUCACAGAGAGUUGGAGGACGGUGCUGCUGAGUCUGAGCAGGAUGAGGAGCUUGACAUUGUAUCAAACAGCUUAAAGACAGAUAAUGUCAGAGAACCAACUGAGCCAAAAGACGAAGGAGAAAAAGAGUAUGAGUGA